UAUUGAUGCUGCAGUCGAGAGUCAUCUGAGCGUGCAGGAAGGGAGAGGGUGUUGUCACGCACUGUAUGUGCUGUGCGCGUCCGAGCGCAGGCAACAAUCAUUCGUCGCGAUAUAUAUAUAUUUACAUGCAUACAUCAGCCAUCGCGGAAAAGCGAUAAUUCGAUUAAACCACAUACUAGUACUAAACAAUAACACGUGCCAAGAAUCAUCAUUGACUUCCAACGACAACAUUUGAUCGCGACGUCAUGAAGGUUUUCCGAGCAAGUAGAUGAGUGUCAUUUGAUAUCGUGAAGUGCGAUCGAUUAGACAAGAUGAGCACGAAGACACUGAGCGCUAUAGCCGAGGAUUACCUCUACAGCAUCAAUCCACUAGCCAAGAGAAUAGGCGAGGAUGUUGCCGCGACGAAGGACGCCUACGAGGGUCUGUGGAACACUCUCAGCCUCGGGGAACGUAAUCAAGCUCUGGACGAGACCAUCAUCCAGCCCGAGGUUGCGCUCAAAUACGCCUCCAAGAAACUCGACCCUUCCUCCAAAGAGUUCCCCGACUACUACCCUAAGCUCAGGAUACAGACUGGCAUGAAGUACAUGAUCGAUGAGACUGGAUCGACUCUACGCUGGAAAGACGAGCACUCGGCUCCCUUCUCCUUCAUGACACAGUCGCAGAUGAAUCUGAACUGCCUGGACCAAACCGUUGACAGUAGCACUAAGAAUAUGACUAGCUACAUCUCUGAUACCUCUCAUUAUGCAAACUCUUGCAAUAUGAGAAACCAUGACGACUCUCUGGAGGACAACUACAGUCCACCAUCUAGUCAGAUUAGUUUCUAUCAGACCGAGAACUACUCGGAUACAAUAUUUUCCACCGAGGACGGCAGUACCCUUCGGAGCAGCUGCAUCGACAGUGAGGCUUCGGAGGGUAUCUUUGCCAAGUUAAUCAAUAAGACUUCUCUCUUGAAGAUACAGCAAAACAGCUCCGAUGAUGAUAUGGAACAUCUGGUGCCUCAGAAGAGCUUAAGAAUGACUGCCAAGAUGGGCAAUGACAAAAAUCAGAUGAAUAUCAAUUUUGGUGGACACUUGAAGUCCAGUGAUAUUGAAUCAGCUGCACUACUUGACACUCCUAGUUCUUACAGCAGUUAUCAGUCAUCGCAACUAAAUCAUGAUCCUGAAAUUCCAAAGACAGGAUUUGAAUUUUUGGACAACUGGUAACUUAGUGUACAAGGAAACAAGUAAUAAUUUUUAUAUACCGUUUUGUAUUAAAGUAUAGGAAGUACUAGUUAGAAUAGAGCAGGAUAAGAAAUCCUUUGUUCGAUUGAAAUGUAUUCUUUAAAUAAGUUCAUCAUCAGUGUAUUAAGAUUAUCUUUAAACUGAUUAUGAGCAACAAUUAUACAUUUUUUAAACAAACUAUGCACAUACGUACGUUUAUGUAUACAUCAUGAAUUUUAAAAGAUUUCAUCUUCUUGAAAUGUAUCCAUCAUCAAUAAUUGUAGAGGCUAUUUUCAAAGUAUCAAAAGAUAAUCAUGACCAGUUUUAGUUACUUAUUGUAUUAUUUAAAAACUUGAUAGUAUUAGAAAUAGUAUAUGAGCACCGUAUGAAUUUAGAGUAGAAUUAUGAAACUUGAGAUUUACUUUGUAUACAAUGAUUGAUCAAAGUCUUUACAUUUGUAACAAAAAACUAGCUGGUUAUUAGUUUAAGAGUUUAUUCACAGGGUUUAAUUAAUGACAGACAUGCUUUCAUGACAUAUAAGAUAGGGCAUCGCGAGUCCUAAUUUUUUAUCUAGCAAUAUGGAUAUUAGAUCUUAUGUUCUUUUAGGUACUUUUUUUAUAAUCCGCCAGUCAGUUUUAUCCCGCAUUAAUGUGUAUAGAAAAGUUUAGUUACUAUUGGUGAAUUAAAAAAAAAUAUAUAUACAAAAGACUGCAAUAUAUCCUCAUUAUAUUUAAGACUGUAACUAUGUGACUUAUGUCAGUUGUAUAUGAACAAUUCUGUAAGCAUAGUACAAAUUUAUACAUGUAAUCCCUUGUCACAGACCAAAUUGUAAAGACACUAUAUUAACCAUUUUUUAAAAACUUUUUUUAUGCAUUUAUAUAACCCAACCAACACGGCUACGUUCAUAUAUUUAUAUGAAAUAAAAUUUUAAUAAACCUCUUUUUGAUGACUUCAUUUAAGACCUAACAAAUAAAUAAAUUUUGACAAAA